AUGUCUUCAGUUUUCACCAGCUCUCGAUUAAUGUUCUUCGUUAUGGUGAUCGUCGUUCUCUUGACUUUUACUAUUGUCUCGUUUAAUUCUGUUCCUAUUACUAAAUAUGUGAAUGAAUAUAAUAUUUAUGCUAUACCUAGAGUUCAGUUUGAUCCUUAUACUCCUCCAAGUGGUAAUCCAAAUAUGAACUCACAAUGUGGAAGGAGUGUAAAGGUUACUCACGGUGAGAAUUCUGUUGUUGUUCGAGUUGUGGAUCGUUGUGAAGGAUCUAACGCAUUCGAGAGAUUAGCCAGUCUCUCAGAGCUUCGCACCGAAUGUAGUUGGCAAUAUAUUUAA